CAGAAGCCAUGCAGUGACACCCGCUAAGACUUGUUGGUAGCCAUGUCGGAGCCCCACAGGGUCCAGUUCACCUCUCUCCCAGGUUCUCUGAAUCCUGCAUUUUUGAAGAAAUCCCGGAAAGAGGAGGUUGGGGGAACAGAACAGCAUCAGGACUCUGAGCCGGCUGCAGCAGCUGUUCGGAUUACACUCACCCUCUUUGAGCCAGAUCACAAGCGCUGUCCAGAGUUCUUCUACCCGGAGCUGGUGAAGAACAUACGAGGGAAGGUGAAAGGCCUUCAACCCGCAGACAAGAAGAAAGAUCUCUUAGAUCCUUUCAAUGAUGAAGAAAAGGAAAGGCAUAAAGUGGAGGCCCUUGCCCGGAAGUUUGAAGAAAAAUAUGGUGGAAAGAAACGUAGAAAAGAUCGGAUACAGGACCUGAUUGACAUGGGGUACGGUUAUGAUGAAUCUGACUCCUUCAUCGAUAAUUCUGAGGCGUAUGAUGAACUUGUUCCUGCUUCUUUGACUACAAAGUAUGGAGGAUUUUACAUUAACUCCGGAACCCUGCAAUUUAGACAAGCAUCAGAAUCUGAGGAUGACUUCAUUAAAGAAAAGAAGAAAAAAUCUCCAAAGAAGCGGAAGUUGAAGGAAGGUGGUGAGAAGAUAAAGAAGAAGAAAAAAGAUGACACUUAUGACAAGGAGAAGAAAUCGAAAAAGUCCAAGUUUUCCAAAGCCGGCUUCACGGCCCUGAAUGCCAGUAAGGAGAAGAAGAAAAAGAAAUAUUCUGGGGCUUUGAGCGUUAAAGAGAUGCUGAAGAAAUUUCAGAAGGAGAAAGAGGCUCAGAGAAAAAGGGACGAAGACCAUAAGCCCGUAGUGAUCUCGUCGGCGGAAGCUCAGGGCCUACGGGAAUUGGAGGGCACCUCUGACCCCUUGCUCUCGCUCUUUGGCUCCACUUCUGACAACGACUUGCUCCAGGCAGCCACUGCCAUGGACUCGCUGACUGAUUUGGACUUGGAGCAGCUGCUCAGUGAGUCUCCAGAAGGAAGCCCUUUCCGUGAUAUGGAUGAUGAGAGCAAUUCCCUUGGGGUGGGACUGGACCAGGAAUUCAGGCAGCCCUCUUCCCUCCCUGAAGGCCUGCCUGCACCCCUGGAGAAGCGCGUUAAGGAGCUGGCUCAGGCUGCCAGAGCUGCUGAAGGAGAGAGCAGACAGAAGUUCUUCACCCAAGAUGUUAAUGGCACCCUCUUAGACAUAGAGGUGCAAACUCGGGAGCUGAGUAGCCAAAUCCGUUCUGGGGUGUAUGCCUAUCUUGCUUCAUUCCUGCCCUGCAGCAAGGACACCCUGGUCAAACGUGCUCGGAAACUUCACCUCUAUGAACAGGGGGGGCGUCUGAAGGAGCCUCUCCAGAAGCUUAAGGAAGCCAUUGGAAGGGCAAUGCCAGAGCAGAUGGCCAAGUACCAGGAUGAAUGCCAGGCACACACACAAGCCAAGGUCGCUAAGAUGCUGGAAGAGGAGAAGGACAAGGAGCAGAGAGAGCGGAUGUGCUCUGAUGAGGAAGAAGAUGAGGAAAAGGGGGGCAGGAGGAUAAUGGGACCCCGGAAGAAGUUCCAGUGGAAUGAUGAAAUCAGGGAGCUGUUAUGCCACGUGGUGAGGAUAAAGCUGGAGAGCUACGAUCUGGAGAGGAACAACAGGACCCAGUCUUGGGAGGACUAUGUGAAGGCCUUUCUGGAUGCUGAGGUCAAACCUCUGUGGCCCAAAGGCUGGAUGCAGGCCAGGACUCUGUUUAAGGAGAGCAGACGAGGCCACGGGCACUUGACAUCAAUCCUGGCCAAGAAGAAAGUAAUGGCCUCUUCCAAAAUCAAGAUGAAGGAAUCAUCUACUAAGCCUGAUAAAAAGGUUUCCAUCCCACCAGGCCAGAUUGGCGGCCCCCUGGCUUUGCCUUCAGAACACCUGGGAGGAGGCCUGAGCACUGGGGCUACAAACAGGGAGCUCUCAGCCCAGGCAUCUGGCAGCCUUGCUAAUCCUGCUCCUAUCAACCUGGAGGACUCGUUGGAUGGAGACUUGAUCCGUAAUUCAGCCUCCUCAUUGGAGGUGGUGUCUAAGGAACUGGCUGUGCUGAGCAGCAGAGCAGGUGGGAGCUCUGAGUUCCCACUGCCAGCACCCUCAAAAGUACCUGCAGAGAAGAUGGUGGGCGUCGUGUGUUCAGAAGAGAAGAGGAACUUUCUGAAGCCCAGCCCUUCUGCCCCGCCAGCCUCUAGUUCCCUGCAGUCUCCCCUCAAUUUUCUGGCCGAACAGGCUUUGGCACUGGGGCAGUCCUCUCAGGAGACAAAACCAGAGAGCUCUGGCUACAAAGAGCUGUCCUGUCAGGCCACGCUCAGCAAGGGCCUGUCGGAAGUGCACCAGUCCAAAGCAAAGCACCAUGGCUUGCCACGGACGCCUCAUGCACCCCAGGCGGCAGCUCCUGUGCCUGGCCCCCAAGUCAAAGUCUUUCAUGCAGGCACUCAACAGCAAAAGAGCUUCACCCCUCCAGCUCCUUUUGUCAAUAAGCUCCAGGGCCCAAAGCCUUCCUCCCCGCAGUGCCAUCGUUCCCUCCUCCAGCUUGUGAAGACAGCAACCAAAGGCCAGAGCUUCCAUCCCUCCACGCCGGCCUCUUCAGGAGGCACACCAGCCUCUAGCAGCAACUCUCAUAAGACCCCAGCCUCGUCCUCCACUGCCCUGAGCCAUCCAGCAAAACAGCACUCAGCCAGCUCUUCAGGGCCAUCUUACAAGAAUAGUCCCUUUGCCAGCUCGGUCUCUAAACACGGGGUUUCUUCUGGCAGCUCUUCCUCUGGAGGAACACCAGUCCAGAGCUCUGCUUCCGGGAACCUGCUCCCCGGCGUACAGCCUCCCUCCGCAGGACCGUCUGCCAGCAGACCUGUCCCAGGCUCUGCAGUGAAAAAACCACCUGUUUCCCAGAAGCUGACCCUGGUGGCCCCUCCGGGUGGUCCAAGUGGAGACUCCAGUGGUGGGACCCAGGGAGUGGCAAAGCUACUGACCUCCUCCCUGAAGUCCAGCGCGGUUAGCAGCGUGACAUCGUCUACCUCCUUGCCAAAAGGAACGAGUGGGGCUGUGCUGCUGGCCAGCUCCUCGCCCUUAAAUCUGCUGUCUGCAUCCUACAAGUCCGGCAGCGCGAAACUGCCCGGAGCCAUGAACUCCAACUCCCUGGGGAUCAUCUCCCAGUUUCCCCUCCACGUGCUCUCCUUCAGCGCCGAGUCCUCUGCGAAAGCAGGGGUUUCCAAGGAUGCCAUCGUCACGGGUCCUGCCCCUGGGACAUUCCACCAUGGCCUCAACCAUAAUGCUUCUCAACUUCACGGAAAAGGGCCCGGUGUACCACGGAAAUUGUGACCUCUUCAGAGGAAAGGCCCGACUAACGUAGGUCUGGGCGGAAGCUGAACAAGUAGGUCUCAGAAACUGGAUAAUCACUAUGCUCUUUCUGCCCCGAUUGGCUUUCUUCUGGAGAAGGUGUGAGUGCUAAGUGGAGCGUCUCUUGGCACCGUGAUGUGCCU